UAGAGCAACAAAUAAAAUGUUGCCUUACAUGUUAGUGUGCUCAUUAAUCGCUAGAUGGCAGUUUUUUCAGAUAAUCUCAUCUUGGGUUGCUAUUAAAUAAAAUAUUUCGACGUUAUCCAGAUAUAUAAUAAAAAAUAAUUCAGAUUUUAAAUUGAAUUAAAUUUGUACCGUAUUGGAAAGUGUUUGCAUUUGGCUUAUUAUUUAUAGUAGAAGUAUUUAAAAAGAACUUGAACCGUCAAUCACAUUAAUUUAGAUUCAGUGGAAAACUGGUGAACAAUAUUUGCAAAUAACAAACUGAACUAACUAAACUGCUCUGUGUAGUGUAAUGUAGUAGAGUUAGAAUAAAAUGCCAGCGAGAAAUAAUUGAAUCAGAAGAAUUAGGAAUCAUUCUGAAAACUAAAAUUCUUAUUAAAGGCAAAGUGAAGAAAAUCAGAAUAUUUAAAUAAAUCGAAUAUGUGAAUAAUUUAAGUUCAGCGCUAGCAAUGAAUUUUACCAGCGGACUAUUAUGUUGCGAGAUAUCAAGAUUUUUAUUUCUAUUUUUUGUAUAUCUUUACGGCUUCAUUUAACUCACACAUUACUGAUGUUUCAGUUUUCCAUUACUUCAUCAUUAUCUUUAUGGGUUUCACUGGUCCGCUUUUGGUGAUAGUGAUACUAGUUCUAUCAAAUCCAACCAGAUUACCGUACCGUACUCAUCAAACUCAACAAUAAGACACUAAGCUUAUAGCAUUGGCUCACCGAGGUUCUUGCAAGACUUUCUCACUGGGUUCUUUCGCAAAACUUUCCGAGUUUAUCGACCUUAUUAAGAGGAGCUUCGGAGCUCGAUAGAAAGCUACUGCACUUACAGCUUAGCUCUCGAGUCCGCCCAUUCGUGGUAGUGAAGUAAAUGGCAAUUUAACAAUACCAAAAAAAAUUCGGCUCAUCAUCAUUUUUCAAUUAAACACCAUUGUUCAGAUGUCAUGUCAUUGUUGAGAUGUCUAUUUUCCCAACAAAACUACGAUUCGCAUGUGGGCUAGACAGGAAAAAAGUAACAACUGCAUCAUUAUAUUAAUAUCCUAAAAUCAGAAGACAAACUGUAUAAUAUGUACCUUGUUUUCGUAAUAUAUUUAAUUUGUAAAAAUUUCCUUUUCGGAUCCAAUAAUAAUAAAUCAAGCAGGAUAGAUAAGAUAAUCUAAAUUCGUUAAUCAUGUUGCUUUGGUUCCUAUUUCUUGUCUAUACCGUAUUUUCCAUUCUAUCAACUGGCAACACUUGAAACUAGCGACUUGGUAUUCAAUCAGUUCACUCACUCACUCUCAUUUGAACUCGUAUCAAGUUUCUCGGAGGUUCAGUUGCGUGUGGCUGCGUCGCGUUUGCGUAUUAUUUGCCGCCAAUUUAAGCGCAACUCAUCAAAAUUUAUCCUCUAUUCAAGAUGUUGCCAAUUAAACCAGGAAGUCCCCAGCCCGAUGGUAGCUCGAUGGAGAAGAAGCCAAUUCCCGGCAUCCCUAGAGUUGCAGCGACUACGAAGUAUAACGCCCCGGUACAUAUUGAUGUCGGCGGAACUAUCUACACAUCUUCUCUGGAAACCCUAACUGCUUAUCCGGAGUCUCGCCUCGGCAAGAUGUUCAACGGAACCAUUCCCAUCGUACUGGAUACGCUGAAGCAGCAUUAUUUCAUCGACAGGGACGGUGGCAUGUUCCGUCACAUUCUCAACUUUUUGCGUAAUAAAAAACUAUUACUGCCUACCGAUUUCCCCGAUAUGGAACUCUUACUACACGAGGCACACUACUUCGAACUAGAUCACAUGGUGUUCGCUUUGUCGAAACUGAAACAUGGGCGUGAGGGGGUGAAGCAUGAGUGCGAGUGGUUGAGCGACGCCAGCGAUCGCCUCAAGCAGGAGACCGAGCUCCUCAUGCAGGAAAGAGACCGGCUGCAGCAACGAUGGUCAUGAAUAGAGGAACCACAACGUUCGCAAGCGGUUAACGACUUCAAAAGGCGCCGCUUGUAAUUACAUCAGUUUCCGAGGGUAGUAUACGAACAUGUAAAAAUGGCGUAAAAAAAAUCGCCAAUCUCUUUUCCAAAGUAGACUGUAGUAUAGUCAUUAUUUAAGUCACUAGUUAGUUUCUUCAUAUCAUUCCAAAUUGUAUGCUUUUGUUAACAUAGUACUUAUAAUAAAAGAGUUGUUUUAUAAGAUAAAUUGGAUGUUAUUGUAACAGCUCUCGAUAUAUAUCUUACGUUUUCGUGUUGCUAUGAUAUCAGUGAAUCUAACAUAAAAUCUUUAUGAAUAUUUAUUCAGUAUAAAUGUAACUUUAAGGUUAAAUGAAAACUGACAUCUUGCACCAGGACUCUCGCGUGGAGGGAACGGGGCAAUAAACUAAACGGCAAGUACAUCUCACGCCUUCGAUUUGCAGGCGACAUAGACAUAAUCGUUGAAUCGCUAGAGGAUUUAUCACCACGUCCUUACGGAUCGAUCAGAUCCAAUAACCCUUGCAUUAGACACCUCUAGCUCUAACACUAGGAAUAGGGCCUCGGUAACCGUACUCGUCGAACUCGACAAAGAGUUCGACGUGCAACCUAACCUAAACAUCAGCCCGCUGAGUUUCUCACCGGAUCUUCUCAGCGGGUCGCGAUUCCGAUCCGGUAGUAGAUUCAUUCGCGAAGCAGCUACUCUUGAGUUGUUAGGUCUCCUUUGGAAGCGCUCGGGUAGCUAUUAGCAAAUCCCACCCCUUCUGGCUGAGCCCUUGCUCGCCCACCUGUCCUGGUAAAACUAAAAAGGCCUCCAGGGCCACCAGUAAUCUCUCAAACAUAAAAAAAAACAAAAAAAGGAUUUAUAGCAUAAGUUAGACGGCCUGGCUGAAAACGACAAUAAUGAAAACGACAUUAAACCAUAGAAGAAGUUUUAUUUAAAACUUUAUCGAGAGCUGUUCGCCUUUUUUUAUAGCUGACGUAUGUACUCUGUAAAGUUUCAAUUGUUUUUCUAAAAUUUCCUACAUCGUAAAAAAAAAGCGCAUUUAGUACCUAAAUAGCGUUCGUUUGUACGAACUCAACGGAUAUUGUAUUUUUUCUCUCUAUUAAAUUGUAAAUUAGAAAAAAAUUAUGUAUGUAAUUAGAUUUGUUAUACGAAAUGCGUUAUGGUCAUUGAUUUUGGGAUUUUAACGAUGUUGUUAUAAUAGUUUGUUAUGUAAAUUUUUUGUAUGGUGACUUUGUUGUGCUGCUGAAUUGUUUCAAGCCAAAUCAUUUAUUAUUAAAUUUUUUAUAGCACGUUAUCCGUCUGGAGCAUUUGAAUUAAUUUUUUUUGUAUUUAGUUAAAUAAUUUACAAUGAAAUUGUUUGUAAACGGUCUUACAUUGAAUAUUACUUUAUGGCUUUAGCAUGAGGUCUCUAAAGCCGGCGGUACACACGCGGCUAACCUCUAUAGCUCGGUCGCCGGCAGUGUGUUGUCGGCAUUAAAUCGAUGCCAAGACAAAAUAUUGAUAGAUCGACCUCAUCUAAGUAAACAGAUUAGUAACAGAAGACAACGUACAUAACCUAAAAAUGGCCAAAUAAUAAUUUACGAAUGCUAUAACUGACAAUGUAUAAUCAUUUAAUCGUCUUUACAUUAGGCUUAAUACAUUUAAAAUCUAUGAAAAGGAUAUGUAAUUUCAAAUGCGACUAGUGUAAUAAUCAAUGAAUUAUAUAAAUAAAACACUCA